AUGCUCGUCGUUGCUGCUCGUGAGUCAUCGGCUGCCCGCUGCCGGAAGACGAGCUGCUGCUACUCGGAAAAGAACCCGACGGGGGCUCGUCUCAGCCCGCGGCUGUUGCUCGAGGGUCUGUUACUCGAGGACACGCGGCUGAAGCUCCUCGACGGGGUGCUGCUGCGAACGAUGGCUGGUCACGGCCCGUCGCUGGUCGAGGGUCGCUGGCGAUGGUUGCCUUUGGUUGAAGGUCAGAGGUCGUUUCAGCCACUGUCGGAAGACAGAGCUAAACAAAGCUCGAUAGUCGAGAGCUCGAAAUCGCUGGACAAUGGUCGGGGCUCGCAAACAGAUGGACCACCGUUCUCGAUGGGCUGCCAUGGUGAAUUGCCGGUGAAGGCGGCUACAGGCGGAUUGCGAGGGUCAAAGGACUCGCUAGCGGCCUGCUACAGAAGGGAGUUUCCCGAGGAGAUAACGGGAUCGAGGCUCGACGUCGGUGGUUGGUGGCUCGCCGCUGGAAGCUCGCUGGCCGAAGGAAUUCUCUGA